CUCGCGGCAAAGGCAACGCCGGCAACGUCGUUACCUCGAAGAACAAUGGAGGGACAGAAGACAUCAUGCCGUCUACCAGACACCGUUGUCCCCGUCAAGUACACCCUGAGAUACCACGAUCUGGAUCUCGACCGUUGCACCUUCGCCGGCAGUGUUGCAAUCGAUUGCGAGGUCAAGUCGGAAGUGAAAGCGGUGGAGCUGCACGCCCUUGAGCUCUGGGUCACUUCGGCGGAGGCUGUGGUCGAUGGUGGAAGUGGUGGUGGCAAAGCCGGCGGCGUCCAGACAAAGUUGUCGACGGUGAGGACUGAGUACGAUUCGAAGGCCCAGACCGUGACGCUCUGUUUCGGGGAGGCUCUCCCGGUGGGCGGCAUCAAGCUCGAGCUGAAGUUCGAGGGGAGCAUCAACGACAAGCUGGCCGGCCUCUAUCGGUCCAAGUACACCGGCCCGGAUGGAGAGACCAAGACCAUGGCCGUCACGCAGUUCGAGGCCACCGACGCAAGGAGAGCUUUCCCGUGCUGGGACGAGCCCGCCAUCAAGGCCAGGUUCGAGCUAGAGGUGCUGGCCCCCGUCGACCGCCGAGUGGUGAGCAACACCCCCGUCAUGAUGUCAAACGAGGAGACCGCGGAGCUCCCCUCGGGCAGGAAGGAGCGGCGCCGCAGGUGGAGGUUCGCGGAGACGCCCGUCAUGUCCACCUACCUCGUGGCGCUGGUGAUAGGGGAGUUCGAUUUUGUGUCGGCGUACAAUGCCUCCGGGGUAUUGACGACCGUUUACACGCCGGUGGGAAAGGCGGAGCAGGGGCGAUUCGCUCUGCAUGUGGCGUCGAAGGCGCUAGAGUACUACGCUGAGACGGUGUUCAAGGUGCCCUACCCUCUUCAGAAGAGUGACCUUCUCGCCAUCCCAGAUUUCGCGGCGGGGGCCAUGGAGAACUGGGGCUGCGUGACCUACCGGGAGGCCCGGCUGCUGGUACAUGAGGCCACCUCCUCCACCGCUACAAAGAAGGCCAUCGCCCGGACCGUGUGCCACGAGCUGGCGCACCAGUGGUUCGGAAACCUGGUCACCAUGGAGUGGUGGGACGCUCUCUGGCUCAACGAGGGCUUUGCGAGGUACAUGGAGUUCGUGGCGGUGGACCACAUCUUUCCCGAGUGGGACAUCUGGUCAGACUUCGACUCAAUGGUGUUUCCGCAGGCCAUGGCGCUGGACUCCCUCGUCGCUUCCCACCCCAUCGAAGUCAAGGUCGACAACCCGGAUCAGAUCAACGAGAUAUUCGAUGCAAUCUCGUACGCGAAGGGCGCCAGCGUCAUCCGUAUGCUCGCCGGACACCUGGGCGUCUCGGAGUUCAUGCGAGGCAUCCACGACUACCUGGUCAAGCACAGCUACGGCAACGCACGCUCGGACGACCUUUGGGCGGCCCUGGGGAACACAACCGGCAAGGACGUGGGCACCCUCAUGGACACGUGGACCCGGAAGGUGGGAUACCCGGUCCUCACCCUCGCGGAGGACGGUAGCACCUCCCAGGCGCGCUUCCUCGCGAUGGCAGAAGACCCCACCACCAAAACCGCCGCAUCCACGAAGGGGGAUGAUGAGGGACAGGGGACGGUCUGGCCCAUCCCCGCCAGGGUGGUGUGGGAGGGCGCGGGCGAGGGGGAGGAGUUGGUAGUGAUGUUGGAAGGAGAGUCGGGGGCUGAGGGAGGGCGGAAGCUCAGGGAGAAGGUGCAGGAGCUUCAGGCGGCGGGGAAGUGGUUCAAGAUAAACGCCGGGCAACGCGGGUUCUUCAAAGUGAACUACAACGAAGAGGGCUGGACAAACCUCAGCAGGGCCAUGCAGUCGAGAGCCAUAUCCCCGGCGGACCGCGCGGGAGCGGUGUCGGACGCCUUCUCCCUCGCGGCGGCCGGCCGCGCGUCGACGGGCGUGGCCCUGGGCCUGGCGUCCAAGCUCAGGGACGACCCGGACAGCCUGGUGCGGCAGACGGUGGUGUCCAGCCUCUUGGAUCUCAUCUCGCUCUACUCGGAGGAAACUUUCUUCGGAAAAUUCCAGGAGCUGGUCCGGUCGAUCUGCCUGCCCAUGUGGGAGUCCAUUACCUGGACGGCGGCCGAGGGCGAACCACAGCGAGUUGCGACGCUGCGGCCGCUGCUGCUCCGGACGCUCCACCUGUCGGGGUCGGCGGAGGUGGACGAGGAAGCGCUCAGGAGGUUCGACGCCUACGUGAACGACAGAGCCGGGAGCGCUCCGCCGGCUGACCUCCGGUACGUGAUCCUGGCGACCGCGGUGGGUGUAAGGGGAGACUCGGCAUUCCGGCAGGUGGUCGAGAUCUAUAGGACGAGUGACUCGGGAGAGGAGAAGCGCCAGUGCCUCAGCGCCAUCGGGAAGGCCAGGGAUCCCGCCCUGCUGUCCGAAGCCAUGGACUUUAUCCUCGACUCGGGAGAGGUACGCCUGCAGGACGCCGGACUGUCCCUGGCGUCUUUGGCGACCUCCGCGCUUGGCUCCAAGCUGGUGUGGACGGCCUUCCGUGAGCGCUACGUCGAGCUACACGAUCGUUUCUCGGACACAGGUUUCAUCUGGCCCAUGCUUGUCGGCAGUGCCGUUAUGGGACCCCGGACCCCGGAACACCUCACGGAGCUCGAGGCGUUCUUCAAUGACGCGCCAAAGCCCGUUGGUGCCGGCGAGAGGAAGUGGCUCCAGAACUUCGAGAAGCUGCGCGUGCAGGUGGCCCAGCUGGCGAGGGACCGCAACACCGUCCCCAAGGCUCUGAGCUGAUUUGUAUCAAUGCUACGAUUGGGGUGUUCACGGCCACCCUGGUACCUUGGAUCUACUGCUGGUACAACUGGCGGAUUCUGUACUUCUGGGUAACAGUGGUACUCGUGCCCGGUGUGUUGGUUCGGGGCUGUUGUGGCUUGUUAUUCUGUCGCUUUGGUUUACUCUCCGGCUGAUAGUUCUGAUAGUUAUGGUGGAGGUUUGGCAGUGGCGAUACGACGGCGGGUUGUCGGGAUGAACGCCGGAACAGAAUGAGCGUCUUGCACGGUGGUGACAGUUUUAACGCCGCACCCAAAGCUCCCAUGAAAAGACCUUGCUCGUUCUCGUCGUGGGUUCGAGCGGAUUUGUGACCGAGCGAAGCGAGGGUUCUGUCCCCUCUCCCCUUUUGGUACAUUCUUCAAAUCAUGCUAGAUGACAUGUUUUGAUCUUCGAUGCUCGGACUGGAACAAGUUAGGUUGGAGCCAACUGGAUUGUCGGUCAGAGCGUGAUUUCUGCUGUGCAAUGUGAAAGUGCAGCUUAGGUAUACGCGGUGUUCCGCGGGGGAUUCGGGCGCUGUCUAUCCUCACCAAUCUCCGGCCAUUGUCAAGGAGGUGUGGACAACUUACCUCGGUAUCUGCGGUCGUGCAAGCGCGGUAGUCUACCAGCAGCAACGCGUCGCGUCGUGGUCGAUGUGCUUGUGCCCGUCAGGGCUGCAAGCAGCGCUGGCCGCGCCCCCUCCUGGAGUUUAGAGAAUCGGCAACCUGCAUGUGGUUGGACGUAGCAUAGCACUCAACAGGUUUGACAUGCGGUACCCCCGUGGGGAUGGGUCAACCCAGGGUUUCGAAUUGCUGCAGGUACUGUUUUGAGCCCCGUUUUUGGAAAGUUUACGACGUGAUUCACGCAUUCCAGGCCCCGCGAACGCUUGGACUUCCGUCGUGGGUUGUAGUGUAUCAGAAGACAAGUUGUUGCCUGCAUAAGUCCAAUGUUCGGGUCGAAACGAUGCUCCGCAUUGGUGCGAGUUUGUUCCUUGGUGGAUAACCCCGCUCCUCUCUGCCAAACUGGUUAAGUGCAACAAUCCAAGUUCGCAAGCCGUAAAUC